AGAGGAUCGUGGCGCGCAGCCGUCCCGGCAGGUCCCCGGGGUGAGCACCGACCGGCGGAGGGAACGACGCAGGGCGCACGCUUGGCACCAUGACCCAGACACCUGCCUUCGACAAGCCCAAAGUGGAACUGCAUGUCCAUCUAGAUGGGGCCAUCAAGCCUGAAACCAUCUUAUACUAUGGCAGGAAGAGGGGGAUUGCCCUCCCGGCUGAGACCCCAGGGGAGCUGCAGGACAUCAUCGGCAUGGACAAGCCGCUCAGCCUCUCAGGCUUCCUGGCCAAGUUUGACUACUACAUGCCCGCCAUCGCGGGCUGCCGGGAGGCCAUUGAAAGGAUUGCCUAUGAAUUCGUCGAGAUGAAGGCCAAAGAGGAUGUGGUGUAUGUGGAGGUGCGCUACAGCCCGCACCUGCUAGCCAACUCCAAAGUGGAACCGAUCCCCUGGAAUCAGGCCGAAGGCGACCUCACCCCGGAUGAGGUGGUAGCUCUGGUGAGCCAGGGCCUGCAGAAGGGAGAGCAAGACUUUGGGGUGAAGGUGCGGUCCAUCCUGUGCUGCAUGCGCCACCAGCCCAACUGGUCCCUGGAGGUGGUGGAGAUGUGUAAGAAGUACCAGCACCAGACUGUGGUGGCCAUGGACCUGGCCGGAGAUGAGAACAUCAAAGGGAGCAGCCUCUUCCCAGGACACGUGAAGGCCUUCGAGGAGGCUGUGAGGAGUGGCAUUCACCGCACUGUCCACGCAGGGGAGGUGGGCUCCGCCGAGGUGGUGAGAGAGGCUGUGGACACGCUCAGGACAGAGAGGCUGGGACAUGGCUACCACACGCUGGAGGACGAGACCCUCUAUGCCAGGCUGCGGCAGGAGAACAUGCACUUCGAGGUUUGCCCCUGGUCCAGCUACCUCACAGGCGCCUGGAAGUGGGACACGGAGCACGCGGUGGUUCGGUUCAAACACGACCAGGCUAACUACUCACUCAACACAGAUGACCCACUCAUCUUCAAGUCCACCCUGGAAACGGAUUACCAGAUGACCAAACAGCACAUGGACUUUACCGAAGAGGAGUUCAAGAGACUGAACAUCAAUGCGGCGAAGUCCAGUUUCCUCCCGGAAGAUGAGAAGAAGCAGCUUCUUGAUCUGCUCUAUAACGCCUAUGGGAUGCCAUCUUUGGCCGCUGCAGCAGGGCAGCAUCCCUGAAGACGUCAUGGCCACCUCUCCAAGCCCUCACCCUGUGGAUGGAGCCUCCCCAGCGCUGUGGGAUUGAAUGACACUUACCUUUACUCCUUCGAGGAAGAUCGGCAUAGUCAGCUACUGCUGCUCUUGAAGCCCGUGUGCCUGUUUCUCCACACACGAAUACCUCGGCACACCGCAUCUCUCCUCUGACUACGGGCCAGAGUCUGGUUGGAUCUGAAACCUUCCUCCUGUGGUGACUCAUGCUGAAAAUCUGGUGCUCAAUAAAGAAGCCAAUGGCUGGUACUAUGCAGCGCCAUGGUCUUGGGCGGAGUGGGAACGGAAGGAGCCUCUGGGCUCCCAGACUUGGGCAGCCUGCUCAGCAGCAGGGUCCUGAGAUCCUGGGUGGGGGCUGUGAGGAGGAAGCUAGAGCUUCUAACCCUGGGGGCAAAGACGGGACCACAGUCUGCCUUCCCUCCAGAAGAAACAAGGCUUCUCUUGAAUGAAUCUGCUUAAAUGCUCCCUCUUAGCCCCCUCCCACUGUAGGUUUUAAGGGCUGGGCCUGCCCAUCUGGGUGAGCUGUGGACUAGGGUGAGCAAGAGGGACAGAUGGAAGACUCAUCAGGCACCGGGCCAAAGAGGGUGCCAGCCUCUGUGAAGACCAGCCUCUUCUCAGGUACUUCCUUGCUCAGAAGCCCAGGGCAGUGAUGGGUCCCAGCUAACUGUGGACUUGGGGAAACCAGGCCCACCCCUACUUUUGCUGUUUAAAGGAGAAAUAAUCGUAAACCAGUCACACAAAUCAUCUGCAUUUAUUUCCUGGGUCCUAGGUGUCACUUAUCUUGGUAGAAAGGGCAGAGUUGAUCAGACAGUUUUGAGCACAAAACCCCUUCCCUAGAAAUGGAUCUGUAGAGCUCCAUGAGGGGACGCAGAGCUGCAUAGAUGGUCAGUUUAACUUAUAAUGCCUUCCAAAAAAGACCC